AUGGCGGCAACUGAUCCGCAGAAGCAGAUCCUGACCUUGAUACGCGACUUCGCAACCGAGAAAUCUCAAGGAGAGAGAAGAAUUGUUUAUCUGAAGAAGCGAAUCCAAGAGCUUCGAGCCGAAGUCGAUGCAGCGAAUGCAGAGCUCGAAUGUGCAAAGCGUCUCAAGGAAACUACUGAGCAAGAGAUAAAAGGCUACGAAGUUGAAUUGUCUAUGAACAAAGCUUCAAUUCAAGCCCUAGAGGCUAGGAUUUCUCUGAUUCAGGACGAGAUAUCUGCCGUUGGAUCUGAUCUAGAGGCUGUUAAGAAUGAAGAAGGAGCUUUACGAGAUGACUUUAUUGAAAAAAUGCGGGAGCUCAAUGCUACUAUAAGAAAAUUCCAAGAGACAGUGGUUUGUGCUUUCCAUGAAGAGAACUUGAGUGGAUCAAUAUCAACAGAUGGAGCCCAACCUUCUAAUACGCGAGAUACUGAAGUUGCCAGACGUGCUAUUGAGGAUCAGCUUCAGCAAAUAAUCUCUCAAACCAAUAUCCAGGAACAAGAAUACCAAGCAGAACAAAAUACUCAUAAACAGGUCCAGCAAGAGUUGAUUGAUUUGGAGAGGAAACUAUCAUUGAUGGAGGCAAUUAUGAAAGAAAGUAUGGAAUUGCAGGAAUUGACCAGAUAUCCUUACCUGAUUUUAUUGCAAUUGCAUGAUAGACUCUUAUAG